UGUGUACAAGAUGGCGGCUCCCGUAUCUGCGUUCAAGUUUUGGAAGCCUGGUACUGAAGGUCCCGGUGUCCAUCUUUCAGAAGAGCGAGAAUUGCCAGGGGAGACUGGGGGGUCUCCUGUGAUUUUUAAUCCUAAUGCAGCUUUGUCCAUUGAGAAACAAAGACAGAAACUUCCUGUAUUUCAGCACAGAAACCACAUCCUAUAUAUGUUGGAGAUCUAUCAGACUGUUGUUAUUGUUGGAGAAACAGGCUGUGGGAAAAGCACCCAGAUUCCUCAGUAUCUACUAGAGGCAGGAUGGGCAGCAGAAGGAAAGGUUGUGGGUAUAACACAGCCAAGAAGAGUGGCUGCAGUUUCAGUUGCUGGUCGUGUAGCCGAAGAGCGUGGAGCAAUGCUGGGUCAUGAGGUGGGAUAUACAAUUCGGUUUGAUGAUUGCUCAGAUCCUCAGGCUACACGUAUUAAGUUUCUGACAGAUGGUAUGCUGGUUCGAGAGAUGAUGUCAGAUCCUUUAUUAAAGAAGUAUAGUGUUCUUAUGCUUGAUGAGGCACAUGAAAGAACACUCUACACAGACAUCAGUAUAGGCCUCCUCAAGAAGAUCCAAAAGAAACGUGAUGACCUCCGACUGAUUGUAGCUUCUGCUACAUUGGAUGCUGAGAAAUUUAAAGAAUUUUACAAUCAGAAUGAGUCUGGAGAUCCAAGUAAGGAUACCUGUGGAAUACUUACUGUAGAAGGGCGAACCCAUCGUGUGGAUAUCUUUUACUCCAUGAGUCCAUUCCCAGACUACGUCAAGGCUUCAGUGGACACAGUGAUGAAAAUUCAUGAGAGUGAUGAAAGGGGGGACAUCCUUGUUUUUCUUACUGGACAGGAAGAAGUAGAGGGGGUGGCAACCAUGUUGAGAGAGCAGGCCCGGGCACUGUCACGCUCGGGUAUGAAAACACACCUGCGUGUUUUGCCUAUGUAUGCUGGGUUGCCAUAUUCUGAACAGAUGAAAGUUUUUGAGAGGGUUCCCCCUACUGUCCGCAAAGUAAUUGUUGCCACAAAUAUUGCAGAGACCUCCAUUACUGUAAAUGGCAUUGUAUUUGUUGUUGACUGUGGCUUUGUAAAGCUAAGAGCGUACAACCCAAAAACUACUAUCGAGUCCCUAGUAGUUGUUCCUGUCUCCCAGGCUUCAGCUAAUCAGAGAGCGGGAAGAGCGGGACGGAACCGUUCUGGGAAAUGCUUCAGGCUUUACUCUGAAGAAUCCUUUGAGAAGCUUCCUCCUUCCACAGUACCUGAGAUGCAGCGUGCUAAUCUGGCUCCUGUCAUACUACAACUAAAGGCCCUGGGGAUUGACAAUGUGCUGAGGUUCAGCUUCCUCUCUCCUCCUCCAGCCCAAUCCAUGGUGCAGGCACUGGAACUGCUGUAUGCGCUUGGAGGCUUAGAUGAACAGGGUCAACUGACUGAGCCUUUGGGGUUCCGCAUGGCUGAGUUUCCCCUGAGCCCCAUGUUUGCUAAAAUGCUGCUGGAAUCAGGGAAUUUCGGGUGUUCUGAGGAGAUGUUGUCUAUUGCUGCAAUGAUGCAAAUCCAGAAUAUACUGUUGAUUCCCCCCAAUCAGAAGAAAGCAGCUGCCAUUGAACAUAGGAAAUUUUCAGUUAAAGAAGGUGACCACCUCACCAUGUUAAAUAUCUAUGAAGCAUUUGUAAAGAAUAACAAAAGCUCUCAGUGGUGUAAGGAACGAUUCCUAAACUAUAAGGGUCUACAGCGAGCUGUAACUGUCAGAGAGCAGCUACAGAGAAUGCUAGCCAAGUUCAAAGUGCCCAAGACAUCUAGUGAAGGUGAUCCAGAUGUCAUCCUGCGCUGUAUUGUUUCUGGUUUUUUUGCUAAUGCAGCUAGACUUCACUUCACAGGUACCUAUAGGACACUUCAUGAUGACCAUGAGCUGCACAUACAUCCGACUUCAGUCCUGUAUGCAGAGAAACCACCAAAAUGGGUUGUCUUUAAUGAAAUAAUUCAGACUUCCCAGUACUUCAUGCGAGAUGUGACCGUGGUGGAGUCAUCCUGGCUGGUAGAAUUAGCACCACACUACUACCAAGAAGGAACGGUAGGAACUCUUCAUCUUCUGGGGUUUGCCUUUGGUGAUACCUACACUUGCUAAGUAGCAACAGUGGAAAACUGGAUCAGUAGUAAUUUAAUGACUGAACUUGUAAGAAAUAAAAGCUGAUAGAUUGUGAGAAGUUAGGUUUUUUGUUUUUACUUAAUAAUAUUUCUUAUUGACGUAACUUGUAAAUAGAUUUUUUUUUCUUUUGUUCAGCACUUGUCAUUUGCCAACAAGAAAGCUAAAAUGACCUGAGUUGCCUUGGCUGAAACCAAUACCAUCUCUUGGUGAAAAGGAGUUGUGUCUGAAUGACCAUCAAUGGGAUGUCGUAGUGGUAUCAUCUAGAAGAUGCUGAAAGUCCAAAAAGCAACAACUCAUCUGUGUAAACUGGCAAACCAAGGACUAUUCUUUCCUCCUUGCUGCAAACUUGAAUGAUUGUUAAGGAUUUUGAAUUUACCAAAAGUAUUUGCAGUUUGUGCAAGUCUGCUGAUUUUUUGUAACAAAGUCUUUUAUUCUUCUGUGAAGAAUUUUAUUGGUAAUGUCUGUGAAGAAAAAUAAAUUUCUUGUGAAAUUAUGGGGACCUUGA